AUGGCGGCGGGCGAGGAGCAGAGCCGCGAGUACCUGAGGCGGCACCGGCUGCCCGAGCUGCUGCACCGCCUCGGAGCGCUGCUGCUCUUCCACCGCCCCGAAAGGCCCCGCGAGUUCCUGAUCCAGAUGCUGGAGAGGGUAAAGGCUGGGAGACGAGCCGAGGGCGAGUACCCGUUGCUCUUGGACGAGGCCAACGUGGACGCCAUGUUCAGCCUGCUGGAUGUCCUGGGCCAGGGCUACAUCAGGCCAGCGCAGUACAGGGAAGCUCUUAAAACUUUGGGACUGAGCACUGAGGAUUUGGAGCUAGGAGAUGAUGAUAUUAUCACAUUGGAUGUAUUCAAGGAAGGAAUGAAGAAAAAGAUGCUGGAGAGCUGGUCUGUGUAUUAG